AGAACACCUCUCCUCCUGCUUCUUCUUUGUGCUUGGAUUUCUUUCGUUUCAGCUUAAAGGACAACAGCCGCCUUCCCUUCUUCUCUUUAGGAGAAAUGGGUAAAACAUCACCGGCCAAUGUGCCAUUGUCUCCCGGGCUGAAGGGAUCGGGGCUCGUGGGUAAAGUCUCCGACUUGUCUCUGGGACUGGUAGGAGCUCCAUCUUUGAGCGAGGCGGACCGUUUCCGCUCCUUGCUUUCUUUAUCAGCGCACAUCAUUGUCUGACAUAAAGCCUCCACAUUGAACUGUCUAUCGAAGCAACUUUGACACCGGUGAAGCUCUGGAGCCCGGGAUAAUUAUUCUCUUUUGACUUCGUUGGACCCAGAGGAUCCUGAGAGAAAAUCAUCAUCCCGCACGAUCAAAAACAUGGAGUCUGUGACUGUGACUACAGUCUUCCCUGACUAUAGUUCAGAAAACUACCCAGAUGACGGGCUCUGCGACCUCGACCCAGACCCCAUGGAUGUCAUCACCCAGACGUACAUUCACUCCAUCAUCUGUGCCUUGGGCCUGAUCGGCAACACUCUUGUAAUCACCACCUACAUAUUCUACAAGAGAACCAAGACUAUGACGGACGUGUAUCUCUACAAUGUGGCCGUUGCAGACCUGAUCUUUGUGUUGGCUCUGCCAUUCAUCAUAUACAACGAGCAGCACAGUUGGUCAAUUGGCCCCGUGGCCUGCAAGAUACUGAGGUCAGCCUACAGUAUCAACCUCUACAGUGGCAUGCUCCUUCUUGCGUGCGUUAGUUGCGACCGCUACGUCGCUAUAGUCCAGGCUAGAAGAUCCUUCGGUGCUCGCUCACGCACUCUGAUCUACAGCCGCCUUAUCUGCUCAGCUAUUUGGCUGUUUGCUGUGGCUUUAACCCUGCCCACGCUGGUCUACACUGAGCUCUUUAUAGAGCAGAAUCUGGGGGAUGAGACCGUCUCCGUGAUGUGUCAACUGUCUUUCAGCAAGAAUGAGACGGCAAAGCUGAUGAAGGUGGUGGUUCCCAGCCUUCAGAUGGCCAUUGGCUUCCUGCUGCCUCUGAUCGUGAUGGUGUUCUGCUACUCCAGCAUCAUGUACACCUUGCUGAAAGCGCAGAGCAGCCAGAGGCACAAGGCUGUACGUGUGGUUUUGGCAGUUGUUGCGGUUUUCAUUGUGUGCCACCUUCCCUACAAUGUGGCUCUGCUGAUCCACACUCUGUCUCUUUUUAGGGAGAGGAGUUGUGAGGCGGAGAAGAUUAAACUCCAUGUUCUGGCCAUUUCCAGGAGCGCAGCCUACCUCCACUGCUGCCUCAACCCCAUCCUGUACGCGUUCAUCGGGGUGACGUUCAGGAACCACUUCUGGCAAAUAAUGUUGGACAUAUGGUGCUUUAGCAAAAAGUGCAUCUUUCAUGCUCGCUCCACACGCAGGACGUCCGAUAUCCGCAUGUCUUCAGAUGGCUCCAACAACUUGACAUCCUUCAGUGCAUGACACUGCAGUGUUGCAAAUCCUUCAAGAAAUAACGAAGAUCGAGCCGCCUCUCAUCUUUCCCAAGCUGGUGCCUUGCUGUACAUAAGUAGAGGUGUUCCUAUGUAUGAUGUUGAGCGAGUAAAAAAGAUAAGAAUCUAAAGAUUUCUUCUCUACAAAUGUUGUAGAACUAUAUACCCUAUUUUGUUAUAACGCUUUAAUAAAACAUGUAGUUUAUUGUUUAUCUGAUUGCAUUG